GGUCGGCGCCACCUGGCUGUCGUGCAGGCAGACGGCUCUAUAAAGGACGACAGAGGCAAGUGGCACCGGGCUCUGGAGCGCUGGCUGGAGGCCGUCCUCGGUAACAACAUCCCCGUCAGCGCCACGUACGCCUGGGACAAGGUGACGCUCGCCGACAAACCGCUGUCUCACUACGCCCUGAACGUGCAGGCAGAGGGAGACCGACCGCAGAGCCGUCCCCAGGUGGACGUCCCACGCGGGCCGGCCGUGCCUUCUCCGGAGGAGCUGACCACAGAGGCAGCCGGCCUGAGGCGUCUGAUGGGAAUCAAGAGCAUCCGUCUGGUGGGCGACGCGGAGCUGCUGCCCAAUGCUGUCAUGGAGCGCUACUGGGAGAAGCUCAUGGAGAUGGACGCUCUGGAGUGUGAGGACUGGAGCCACAACAGUUGGUUUGACUCUUUAACGUGGUGAAUGAACUCAUUGUUGGUGGGAUGUGAUGACAAUUGUACUGGUUUCUUUUAAUGUUGUGCUUUCUUUAACAUUUCAAUGAACUAAAAUAAUAAAGAUGCAUUGUGUAUAAA